AUGCCAUCGAAUAAAAGAGAAAAAUCUGCCUCAAGACAAUAUCAAGAAAUAUCGGGAAAUACGAAUGAAAAUGAAACCGAUCAAACUCGACCUACAACAACAACAGCUGCUACCGAUACUAAAAGUAAAUGGUUAUCAGCACAUAAUGAUUUUGUUGCAGGAAUAAAUACCGUUGGAUCAUGUGUGGAACUUGUAGAUUUAUAUGCAGAAGGUUCAGUUAAUUUAGUUAUUGCGGAUUUUGGAAAUAUUCUUUUAAUGCCAAAAAUACAAGCGAAAUUAAAAGUUUUUAAAGAAUUUUCAUUACUGAAAGAAAAUAAUCUUUCGGAUUUACCAUGUGCUGUUGUUGCUUGUUAUAUGGAUACUCUUCAACCAAGAAUUCCAGCAUUAGCAGUUGCAUCUGGUUCAGCCGUUUUUCUUUUUAAAUCAUUGCGGCCUUAUUAUAAAUUUGUAUUACCUCAAAUGGAAAUUGCUCAAGUAGAAAAAGAUGUUUGGCAUAAAGCUCGUGAGGGUAACAUUGAUAUGCGUGCCAUGCAUGAUGUUCUGAAUGAUCUUCAUCGUGGUGGUACUGUUCCUCUAACACAUCGAUCACUUGCAUUUUUACAAAUGACAAACACUAAUGAAGCACAUCAAUUCGUUGAACAUUAUAAAACUAUAGAAUUAAAACGACAAAGUUGUAUAACAUGUAUGAAAAAAUUAAACAAAAAUUCAGCUGACGAAGAUGCACUUAAUUGUCUUGUUAUUGGCACUGAAGAUCAACAUAUUUAUAUAAUUGAAGCUCAAGCAUUUACAAUCAUGGCUACGAUGAAUUGUCCUGCAACACCAUCAUUUCUUGAUGUAUCCGGUGUGUAUGAUGUUGAAUUUCGUAUAUUAGCUACUUGUCGUAAUGGAUAUAUAUAUUUAUUUCGAAGAGGAAGUGAAACACCACGUAAUGCAAUUUAUUUAAAUUCAAUUGCUGUUGGUCUUGAACGUUUCGGUAAAAAUAUAAUUGUUGGAUGUAUGGAUUCAUCUUUACAUUGUUAUACAACGAAAGGUAAACGUUAUUGGAAACAUUUAUUACCAGCACAAAUAACUGCAAUGUGUCAAAUUGAUUAUCGUCCGAAAGGUUUUCAAGCUGUCGCUGUUGCAUUAGCUAAUAAUGAAAUACAUUUAUAUAAGGAUAAAUUUCUUGUGGAUGUUAUUCAAGUUGAAGAAAAUAUUUAUGCAAUGAAAUUUGGUAAAUUAGGACGAGAAGAUGCAACAUUAGUUAUGAUAACUAAAAAUGGUGGACUUCUAGUAAAAAUUCUUAAACGUACAGCUACGUUUGAAGAAAGUGAUACACUUCAUGGUCCUCCGAAAGAACAACAAGUUAAAAUUGAUGUUCCAAAACGAACAAAACUCUAUGUCGACCAAACAUUACGUGAAAAAGAACAAGCUGAAAAUAUGUAUCGAAUUUUUCAACAAGAUUUAAUUCGUUUAAAAUUAUUAACUGGCAAAGAGUUUCUUAAAUCAGUUCAAGCUGGAUUAAAUCCAAUAGCUAAAACUAAAAAUGAAGCUAUACGAAUCAAUGCUGAAGUACAUGGACUUGGUCCACGAUUUAAAUUAACUGUUAAACUUCAAAAUACAUCAUCAACAUCAUUAACACCAAUCAUCGAUUUGUUUAUAUCAUUUACAUAUGAUGAAAAUAUUUACAGUCUUAAUCCUAAUUAUAUCGAGAUUCCAAUUCUUAUCACUGGAAUUGAAUAUGGAUUUUGUACAUUUGUUACUUGUAUUACCGAUAAAGUCAUUUCGGAUAUAAUUAAAGUAUAUGUUUGCCGACGUGAUUCAAGUGCACCAUUAAUAUCUGCAGUUAUUAAUAUGCCAGUUGCUGAACCAAAUCUUUCUAUUUAA